AUGUAUGGUGAAGGUGUUUUUGUUGGGUACAAACACUAUGACGCGGUUGAUUGCGAGGUCAUGUUUCCCUUCGGUCAUGGCCUGAGCUACCAUUCAUCCUUUAUCUCCGAUGUCGAGAUUCAGCCUCCGAAGACGACAUCGUCCAUCGCCAACACCCCUGUUGCUAUUCUCUCUUUCAUGGUCCAAAAUGCAGGCAAAGUCGGAGGCAGAGAAAGUGUCCAAAUCUAUGUCGCACGGUCCGACGGGAUCGGCAGGUUCCCUGAAAAAGAGUUGCGCGACUUCAUCAAGGUCGAACUUGGUGCAAGGGAAAAGAAGACAUGUUCUGUAUAA